AUGGCGUUCAAGAAAGGCGGCGGCAAGAAGGUCUCUGUCAAGAAGCAGAAGCACGGCUUCGUGCGCGCCAGCAGCUCCAAAGGCAGCAAUCCAUUCGACGUGCGUGGCAAUGCCAGCAAGCAAAAGCACGAGGUUAUCGGACGUCGCGUCAAAGGCGCAGGCCGUAAUGUAGCAGCAGCACGCGCCGAGGCCGAGCGUAAGCGCCGUAAGACACUAGGUGCCGAGUUUAAUGCUCGUAACAAGAGCAACGUGUUCAAAGACAAGCGUCUGGGCGAACAGGACCCCACAUUGUCCAUGGAGGACAAAAUGAUGGCACGUUUCCAGACCGAACGCAAGCGCAAGCUGCGCAACGCGUCCGCCUUUGCGCUACACGACUCCGACUCGGAGCAAGAUGACGACGACGCGCUGUUUCUAACGCAUAAAGGCGCCAAGAUCACCGACGACGACUAUGACCAGCUCAAUGCCGACGGCCCAUUAGACGACGAGGACGACUCAGCGGAAGGCAGGAAGAUGGACAGAGACAUCGUCAACCAGCUCCACUUCGGAGGUGGCAAAGGAGAUAACGACGAGGGAGAUGGCAAGAGAAAGACGCAUAAAGAGGUGAUGCAUGAGGUGAUGAUGAAGGCCAAACUGUACAAGGCGGAGCGUCAGAAGAACAAGAGCUCGCAGGAGGAUGCGACCGAUAAAUUGGACGAGGGCUUCGCAGAUGUCCGUGGGCUGCUGGAAUUCCGUCCCACACGUGCGAAUGGCAAGGAAUUGUUGCCGAAAGAGCCCAUGGAUGACUUUGACAAGCUCACGCGAGAGUUUGCCUUUGAGGCUAAAGCCAAGGCCACGGAGCGUCGCAUGUCGCCGGAAGAAGCUGCUGCAAAGGAGCGCGAUCGACUGGCAGAGCUGGAAAAGAAGCGUGUGGCGCGUAUGAAUGGCGCAGAUGAAGAGAGUGACAGUGACAGUGACGGGAAGCGGAAGAAAGGCAAGAAGAGCAAGAAAAAGACCCCGCAGCUGAUCAUGAUGCCGCCUACCGAUGACGAUCUCACAGAUGGCUACGCCGUGGAUGAGCGUUUUGCCGCUGAAGAGGCUGAAGAGGAAGACAACGACGAAGAGGAGAGUGACGAGGAAUCAGAAUCUGAUUCUGAGGCGGAAUCAGAUGAUGACAAGGAAGAGAAGAAAGAAGAAGAACCGGAAGAAGACAAGGACGAGGACAGUGACGACGAAUCGGACAAACUGAAGCGCCAACAGGACGCCGAGGAGGCUGCUGCUGAGCUUCCGUUCGUGUUUGAAUGUCCCGAAUCUCCUGAAGAGCUGGCGUCGCUGUUUAAGCAACACGCACGUAACUCUCCUGAGAAGCGAGGCCUUAUCUUGGAGCGUAUCGUGACGUACUACAACCCGCGCCUUAGUGUGGAGAACAAGAACAAGAUGAAGCGCUUCUUCGCCGUCCUAGUGCGUCAGCUCCUCAUCUUCGCGGCGCGAUACGCCGGACACAAGCACGAUUUGGACGCGCUAGCCAAGAACAUGUACACUUUGGCUCAACAGAUGGGCGAUACGGCGGGUAUUGUGGUGCGGGAGCUGCUAGCUCAGCUCUUUAAGCGGCUGCACAAGCGUGCGUCGACGUCUGCGUGGCCCACACUACCGGAGUUGCUUCUGUUCAAGGCCCUAACGUCAGUUUUCCCCACGUCGGACUUACGACACAACGUGGUGUCUCCUAUGGAGACGUUACUGGGCGAGAGCUUGGCUCGUGGCUCUGUCACUUCGCCACAAGAGGCUACGCAAGCGCUGUUUACGGCGUCGUUGUCUCUGGAUAUGACACGCGGUAAGGAACGCUUCAUGCCUGAAGUCGUGAGCUUCCUGACGCGUAUUCUACGUGCCUUUGUGACGUCAAGUGACGAGAACUCAACGCACUGGCUACGUCGCGACUUGUUGGAGUGGGUAGCAGCUCAAAAGGAGGGCAAGAUGCCUGCUCUACCACGUCUGUCAUUGGCUGGAAGCUCGUCUUGCAACGGUGUUCAAGUGUUGAGCGCUCUACUGGCUCUACUGGACGCUGCGUCGGCUCAGUACGCGUCGUUGCCGUCCUUUGACGAGCUUUUCUACCCGCUCUACCUGUUGUUGCAUGCAAUUGUGAAGCAACUGGAGAACAAUAAAGUAUCGGAGGUCAACGCUGUGAUCUCCAAGCUUCAUACUCGUCUCGAGGCUUGCUGGGACGCUCGUCGCCCGCUCCGACUGCAGAGUUUUGCACCUUCGACGUUGCCGACGUUUGCGCCACACUUUGAUGAGAAUUACACGGUGCGUAAGGACAAGACGGCGCCGAAGGACACUGCGCAACUUAAGCAGCUGCAACGCCAAGUCAAACGUGCCCGCAAGGGAGCUGCGCGUGAACUUCGUCGUGACGCUGAGUUUAUCCACCGCGAGAAGCAAAAGGAAGAAGAGGCGCGUCUGGCUGCCAAGGAGGAGAAACAGAAGGAGAUCCGUCGCUGGCUUGAGGAACAGAACGCCACGUUCAACCAGCAAGUGCGCAAGGGCGGCAACAUGCUCAAGGGCGGAGGCUCCGCUCGUGGACCUGCUCCUCGAGCGCGUACCCCCAGGAAGUAG